UGUGUGCGAGUCGCUUUUUCGCGUUUCGGUAAAAGAUACAUACGCAAGCAUACGCGAAUAGUGCCCCGCGACUGCCGUACAGCGCGUUGACGUUUCGAGGAUUAUUGUUGUCAUAGACGUAUAAUAUUGUAAUAUAAUUUAAUACUGAUCCUUCCGCCUUGCCCAUACAUCGAUUCAAUUCAAUUGUUUUUCGUGUUUUUGACGAUUCGUUUUCGUAUUUCAUCCCGAGUGUCGGCAGUCGUGUUUCGUGUUUAUAUUUGCGCACGCACCAUACCCGUGAGCUUUUCAAAAUAUCAUUAUCGUAAUUUUAAAUCGUUUUUUUUUCAUAGUACCUAACUUUUUCCCCUGAUCUCUUACUAUCGUGAUUAUUGCAUUGUGACAUUUUGAAACAGCAAUAAAUUACGACCUCGUCGAUACCGAGACUCCUAAUGCGAUGAUGGUUUGAAUAAUGUAUCAGUUGUACCGCAUAUUUGAGUAUGCUGUUUGAAGAACCUUUAAGAAACGACACCUACAACGACAACAUUAGUUACGGCAAUAACUACAGUUUACACGAUGACCCGUGGGGCCCAAAGAGAGACCCGCUACCGGUUGUCGUGCCCGUCACGAUCAUCUACACGCUGAUAUUUGCUACAGGCAUCGUAGGAAAUGUGAGCACGUGCAUAGUGAUCGCCCGAAAUAAGUACAUGCACACCGCCACCAAUUACUAUCUGUUCAGCCUCGCCGUGUCCGACCUGCUGCUACUGUUGUCCGGAUUGCCGCAAGAAAUUUACCAAACAUGGUCCAGGUAUCCUUACGUGUUUGGAGAGAUGUUUUGUAUAGUCAGAGGGUUUGCUGCAGAGACAUCGACGAACGCUACUGUGUUAACAAUUACAGCAUUUACCAUUGAAAGAUAUGUUGCAAUUUGUCAUCCAUUUUUAUCACACACAGAAUCCAAUCUGUCCAGAGCAUUCAAAUACAUAUUAAUCAUUUGGGUUGUAGCGUUAACACUUGCGUUUCCUCAGGCCAUACAGAUGGGACUUGUGUACGCUCGUACACAGGACGACUCUAUCAUACCCGAACUGUCCACGUGUGCGCUGGCCAACAAACUCCCGUACGCGUUUGAACUGUCUUCGGUACUAUUCUUCCUGGCUCCGUGGACACUCAUCAUCGUCCUGUACAUACUCAUCGGCCUCAAGCUGUACAAAUCUAAGCGCGACUCGUCCAGGACAACAUGCUCGGCUCACUGCAGGCACACUGCGUGUUUGAGCUCUACCAAUACCAGGGCUACUGGGCGCGUGGUCAAAAUGCUAGUGGUCGUGGUGGUAGCCUUCUUCGUCUGCUGGGCGCCAUUCCAAGCGCAAAGACUGGUCGCCAUCUACGGAAACGCGAAUCACGAGGACCACUCGAGCACUUCGAUAAUCGAUGUAAACGUCUAUCAGGUGCUGAACUAUGUAUCGGGAAUUUUGUACUACUUAUCAGCUACCAUAAACCCACUUUUGUAUAAUCUCAUGUCAUACAAAUUCCGGACUGCAUUCAAAGAAACCUGGAGAUCUUGCAAAGGAGCCAGUGGUUUAAGUCCCGAUCACAGUAUGCCUAAUCUGGACUACAAAUGGCAGAGAAACCACAGCCAUAGUAGAAGUUUCAGCAGUAGUCAUUUUGACGAGGUAAGUUCGAUGAAACGAAUGAUAACCAACAAAUCCUGGAAACCUACAAUCGUAGCAAUCAACGAGACUAGCGACAUGGGUACGUCGUCAACCGUGGACAAAACGCUGAGAUUUCCACAUAAAAUGAUCUUAAGCAAACAAGACCCUAUCAAAGAAAACGGCACCAUGGUGCUGGAAAACGGAAUUACCGUUGGUGUAUUGACCAACAACAACAGGACAACCACUAUGCUGAUGACACCGAAUUAAAUUUAGUGUUCCUAUUUAGCGUUACCUAACCAGUUAAUGUCAUAACCAGAAAUGCUCAUGAAAAAUAUUAAAACCAGAGAUUGGUACUUGGUUGUUAGUGGAGACCAUAGUAAAGCCCAUUUCCAUAUACGAUUGCGUCUCCACACUUAAAUUUAUUUCCUCUAUUCGAUAACUAUACGUUAAGGAAAUUAGCAUUUUCCCGUUGCUUCAACAAUAUGUAUCAACACACUUGAAAUUCUAAUUAAUUUUACGUGGAAAACGACUAAAAAGUACGAUUAGAAAAACAUAUAUU